GGCCCGGCCCCGGGGAGAGGGUCGCAAGAUGGCGGCGCUGAAGGAAGCUCGGGGCUACGGGCUGUCUUGCGGGCGGGUGAGCGACGGCAGCAAGGUGUCCGUCUUCCACGUGAAGCUCACCGACAGCGCACUAAGGGCCUUCGAGAGCUACCGCGGCGGCCAGGAUUCUGUUGCUUUGAGACCAUCAAUCCGAUUUCAAGGAAGCCAAGGGCACAUCACAAUUCCCCGGCCUGGUUAUCCAACAGACGUACGAACUUUCACAUUUUAUCUUUCAAAUAUUGGCAGGGAUAGCCCCCAAGGGAGCUUUGAUUGCAUCCAGCAAUAUGUGUCCAGCAAUGGAAAUGUCCACCUGGACUGCCUGGGCAGUAUACAAGACAAGAUUACUGUGUGUGCCACCGAUGAUUCUUACCAAAAAGCCCGACAAAGCAUGGCUCAAGCUGAGGAGGAGACUCGAAGCCGCAGUGCCAUCGUCAUUAAACCAGGAGCUCGUUAUGUCGGCAAAAAGGUUCAGUUUCGGAAGCCAGCCCCAACUGCUGCAGACACUGUUCCCUCAAGGAAGCGCUCAACGCCAAUCAAUGUCGCCAGUGCCAUCAAGAAGAGCAAUCCUGGGAUUUCUCAGCAACCUUUUAGAGACAGGGUCAUUCACUUACUGGCACUUAAGCCUUAUAAGAAACCAGAGCUGAUCCUCAGGCUGCAAAAGGAUGGCCUUCUGUCACAGGAUAAGGACACACUGGACAGCCUCUUGCAGCAGGUUGCCAACUUGAGUGCCAAGGACAGCACAUACACAUUAAAAGAUUGCAUGUACAAGGAUGUUCAGAAGGACUGGCGUGGAUAUUCAGAAGGAGAUCAGCAGUUACUAAAAAGAAUUCUUGUUAGGAAACUCUGUCAGACACAGAAUGUAGGUAAUGUUCCUGGAGAUACACCUUCCUCAAGUCCACCACCAAAAGACCCUUUGAAUUCCUCAUCACCCCCUCAGAAACGAUCUCAGCCACUGGAUUUCAUUGACCCACUAGCAAAUAAGAAGCCGAGGAUAUCUCAUUGUACUCAAAGAACUCAACCCACUUUCAAUGGGAAACUGAACUCUUCUAAUGGGAAGGAAGUCCCUUCUGCUCCUGGCCCAGCUUCUGUGGCCAAUUCAGUCAGCUCUAGCUCCCACCUCCCAGUCUUGGAGCUUCCCCGGCCUCAUGACCCCCUCACUGAUGUCAGCAAUGACAUAUGUCACAAUGGCAGAGACUGUGAGAAUGCCGAGGCCUCUGAAAGCCUCAGUCUCCCUCCGCUGACAGACUGUCCCCAGACCAGCAAACACAGUUGUGCCUCAUGGCAUAUGAAAACCAAGAAGAAAUCCAAAAAGCACAAAGAAAAGGAGAAGCGAAGUGAGGAGAAACAUAGAGAAGAGAAGCAGGAUUGUGAACUCAUGAAGAACUCCGAUCCUAAAAUGAGUGGGGCUCUGCAGGAAGGCACAGGUUUAAAUGGAACAUGCAAUAAUUCUAGUGUUCCAACAUCAACUUCAGAAAUGCCGGAUUAUCUAUUAAAAUAUGCUGCCAUUUCCUCCUCGGAACAACGUCAAAGUUAUAAGAAUGAUUUUAAUGCUGAAUACAAUGAAUACCGAGAUUUGCAUGCACGGAUAGAGAGAAUAACUCGAAGGUUUACACAACUGGAUGCAGAGCUCAAACAACUUUCCCAGGGUUCAGAAGAAUAUGAGACUACCCGUGGUCAGAUUUUACAAGAAUAUUGGAAAAUCAAAAAGACAAAUACUAACUACAGCCAAGAAAAGUACCGUUGUGAAUAUCUACACAACAAACUGGCUCACAUCAAAAAACUGAUAGCAGAGUAUGACCAGCGGCAGCUCCAGCCUUGGCAGUGACCUGUGCGCUGGGAACACCGGGGCCUGGGGCGGACUUCUGGCUGGCUGCGGCUCAGCGGCUGCGACCACGCUGAACUGGCUCCCGCAGGGCCAGAGGCAUUUCAAGCUUCACCCUCUUGGUGUGUGUGGGGAACAGGGGAAAGUCUAAAGCAAAAGAAAAUGCAUCUAUUUAACAAAAAGUAGAUAAAUAAAAGGAAAACUCACUCAUUAACUUCCAGGGGAAAACGUGCAGGGGAAAUCCUUGGUUUCCAUAGGUUUGAGUGAGCAACAGAUUUGUCAGCCCCUGGUUGGGCUGCUUAUGGUCCUUUGGUUCUUCUCCUGCUUUCCCCCCCCCAAGUCAUGGGGGCUCAUUCUCUGGGCCCAGUCACCAGCCUAAGAAGCAUCUUAUUUAUAUGCAAGCUGUCUGAGCGCCUUGCACAGGAUCAGCUCCUGAGCUCUCACGGCUGGAGCAGGCGUCUCUCCAACCAGCUCACUUGGGUGGCUUCUUGGCAGGCCCAGGCCCAGAGCUCAGCUUCAUGUUUACUAUUGGAAAAUGCUCCUACCGGCCCUGGGCCCCGGGAGAGCGGUCCCUGAAAAGCCUCUCCUCUGGUGACCGGCACCUAUCUUCAGCCUGCAUCGCACGCUGUCUCCAUUGUCCCAGAGGACUCUGAGAUGUCUGUCCAACUUUUCUAGUUUUAUAUGAAGAUGGCCAAUUUUAUUCCUUGCUAAUGAGACGAUGGUCUAUUUUUGUAUGAGAGAAACUGCAACUUUUCUAAAUCCGUGCCUCUCUUCCCUUUUGGGCCAAUGGUCUGGAUCCCUUCCCUUUGUUCUAAUUGCAGUAUUACUAAAUUGAUAGAGGCAUUAUUAUUAUUAUAAUAAUUAUUAUUUUGAUGAUGCCCUGUACAAAAGAAGAAAUGCAAGCAGCUGGAGGUAUAUUGAGAGUUGGGGGCUUUGGUUUUUACCCCUUCCAAAGAAGUGGCAGGCCCUCAGCUCUUGGGAUGGAGUGAGAUCUGGUUGAAAUCGCUUGAGUUGUCCAUCUCCCUAGAUCCUUGUUCCAGACCCUGAGCCCUGCCUUACAGGUCUUCAGGGAACCGCUGUGAGCUCAGCCCUGGGGGCAGGGCCCCCAUGGGAGUCUCUGGGCUUUACCUCCUUAAUCUCUUCUCCCUCUUGUUCUUUGAGUACCCCAAAGUGUUCCUCCUCCCAGUCUUUCAUCUGCUUGGUGAUGGUUUCUUUGCACUAGAACGUUCCUUCUCUAGGGGAGUCUCUUGCUUGGAAAUAGCCCCUCCUUUUCCCUUCAUGUUCAGCUUAGUUUCCCCAACUACUGUCUCUCUGGGACCUGGAAUUGUGCCCAUAGUCGCCUGAGAAGCAGCUCCCUCCUCCUCCCCGUGUCCUCAGGCCUGCCUGCUUUCUGGCUAGUCUGGAGCGGGGCUGCUCCUCCAUAGGAUGGCUGCUUGGCUGUUUUAGUGACCCUGCUGUUGGGAUUCAUCAAGAGUUUGAUCUGGAUUCCUUAGCUUCCUCAGAUAGGAAAUCUGCCCCAGCAGGAGCUAGUCUGUCGGAUUGUGUGCAGUCAGAGCUGAUAACAUACCUCUGUUGUCCGGCCUCUGGCUGCCUGACCGCUGAAAGACAGUGAACCUUUUCACAAGAAGCUCAGCUCUAUAGGGGCAGCCUUUCCUGUGCAGAUUUGAUGUGACUGAAAGGGAGAUGCUAGAGUAUUCAGCAUCAGUGGGCUGACACUUGUCCCUAGAUGAGACUCCCGCAUCUAAGCACCCAUAUCCGAGCCAAAUGAGAUGGAAAACUGUGUGCCAGAAACACUGGCAGACGUGGCCAUGAAGGUGGAAGAGGAGGUCUCCCUGCCACCCCCCACCAUGGGCUUUGCAUCAAGGUUUGCUCCAUGGCAGAUGGCUCAGCUUUGAGGACUCGAGACUGCUUUCUUAGCACAAAUGAAAAGAAUUCACUGAAGUGUGAGGGAGCUUCCUGGAAAGUCGGGGUGAUGAUGAGCCUUGUUUGAAAAUCUUAUGAGACCCCUCCUCCCAUUUCCCCAUGGUGGGCAGACUGACCCAAGUCAGGUUGAACCAGAGUGCUGCAGUAACUUCAUACUUUGCUUCGGUGAGGUCUGUCUGGUAGCCCCAGUCAUCCCCUAGAACUGCACCUUCAGGGGUUGGGGGAAGUGGCUCGCCCACUGGGCACUGUGCUUAGAGAUUACACCUGUGUCAGGAUGUGGGGUGGAAUGUCCAAAGAGCACAUCCCAGGCUUGAGGAAGGAUUUGUGUUCAGGUGCCCAACCAAGGUCAGGGUGUGUCCAGCCAUAGGCUUUUGGGAGGUUACUGCCAAAACAAGUUGUAAAGAUGGGGGGUUCCCAGACUGCUGCUAUUAACCUUGAUGGGGAGGAGACAGGAGGUAAGGGGGAUCAUUUUCAACCACUGCUUCCAAAGAGCUGGUGUCAUUUGGGCUGGAAACAGAUGGCCCUGAGUGUUCCUCUCCCCUUCUUCCCUCCUUUCCUGAGCCUGCCUGAGUGACUUCAGAGCCUGCCUGCGGCCCUAGAUUCUUCCAUGGAAGCACACUGACCAGCGUUGGGAUCCUGCCGCUGCCUUCACGGGCUUUGGCAUUUUGAUUUUGCUGUUGGGGGUGGGUAAUGUAUAUGAAGAGACCUUAGUCUUUACACAUCUGCUAUGAGGAUAUUUUUGCAGACAGAGUUGUAUACAGAGAUUUGUUGUAUACAUUUACAUGUAUAUUCUGGAACUUAAAGAAUUGGAAUAUAAAACAGAGAAAUAUUUAAUGAAUUCAAAACUGUGAGACCCAAUUAGCCUUCAAUGACUCUUGCUUCAUUUAUCUUUCACAUUGUCACGAGACAUUGUAGUCAGACCUGCCUUUUUAUGUUGUUGGUUGUUUUUUUUUUUUUUCUUCUUUUUUAAGGGAUUAUGAAGCUAAGUAAAUCUGUGCUAUUUGGGUUAAUAUAAACCAGUUCUAGGUGAUUCCGUAUGAUCUAACUUAUUGAUACUGUGUUUCUACUUUGUAAUAUUGUACUGUGGAGAAAAACCGAUUUUGAGCCAUGGAGUUGGAGUUUACAAAAGCUUUCAAGUUUGCCAAAAUGUUACAAUUGAAAGGCUGCCUAGUCUUCAGCUUUCCUAAUGUUUUCUUAAAGAGCUAGUGUCCUUUUUGUACACUGAAAAGGUGAAUGCUGAUUUUGCAACAUACAAUAAAAUUCACUGUAUUGGAAAAGAAAA